GGUUUAUAGAGAACGCCCAUCUGGUUGGAGAGGUGAAAUUGGAACGGAAAAAAUGUCGAAGAAGAACAAUUUAGCAAAGAGAAAGAAGCAGCACGAGUACAAUCUCCAAAAAGAGAAAGAGUUACAAGACAAGAAGAUUAAGAAGCUUCAUGCGAACAAGAACAAGAUGAAAGUCGAUGGAAGUGGGAAGAAGAAGAAAGGUGGAUUUUCUGUUGGCAAGAAGAAGUUGAAGACGAAAUUGACUCCAGCUGCUAAAGCUAAAGCUGCUCAGGCAAUGGAGCUAGACAAUUGACAAGGAACCUCAGUUUUCUUUCACUUGUAUGUAACUGUUCUUCAUUGAUCUUUGUCUUUACUUUGAAGAAAUCUUGUUGAAGCUAAAUCUAGUUGAAGCUGGCUUCUUCUCAUAGGUUAAACUCUUAUGUAUCUCUCUUCCUUUAAAGUUCAAAAUUUUGCUGUCAAACCGGAUCAGGAUCAUCGUGGAAUUCAGUUAUUAAUCUGUUUGGAUUGCUAUUCCUUAAACAGUGUUGAAUCUCAUGGUCUAACUUUGUCAUAUGAGUAUUGUUCCUAAAUCCUAAUUGCUUCUAGAGUUCAAAUUCAGCAUAGAUUCUGAUUUCUCUGAGAAAUAAAUCAACUUUUAGGUG